GCCUUUCUCUACAAUCAACUUCUCUUCCUUUGCGAGAGGCUGACCCUCUAUCAUGAGAUUCCGAAUCUACAAGAGGAAGGUGGUGAUACUGACUCUGGUGGUUGUCGUCUGUGGCCUAGCUUUCUGGAGCAGCGGAAGGCAGAAGAAGAACGACGGCGGCUCGUUCCCCAAGGAGGUGGAGACGCCGAGGAGGAGCAGCAGCAGCAGCAUCAGCAGCAGCAGCAGCAGUAGCAUCAACAGUCAUAUCCAGGUACCGGCCACACCUGCAGUCAGCCGGGCGCCGGUCCCACCGCCUGUCGUACAAGCGAAUGACACGCACCAGGAGAAAGCAAAGGACAAAGCCAAAAUAGCCAAGCCAGAGGUAGAUAACACCACUUUGGUGUACCGCGGCAUCGUCUUCCAGCUGAACUUUGACCAGACGAUAAGAAAUGAAGAGAAGUUUAAGGCGGCGCGGCAGAAGGACGAUCUGGUCGUGGUGGUUCAGGUCCACAACCGACCAGACUACCUGAAGCUGUUAGUGGACAGUUUGCGGAAGGCCAGAGGUGUGGAGAGCAUACUGCUGAUAUUCAGCCAUGAUUACUGGUCCCCCGAGAUUAAUAAAGUGGUGGCCUCUAUUGACUUCUGUCAAGUCCUGCAGAUUUUCUUCCCCUUCAGCAUCCAGCUGUACCCCCAGGAGUUCCCCGGAAACGACCCCAGGGACUGCCCCAGAGACAUUCCCAAAAAAGAUGCCUUAAAGCUGGGAUGCCUCAACGCAGAGUACCCCGACUCCUUCGGCCACUACCGCGAGGCCAAGUUCUCCCAGACCAAGCACCACUGGUGGUGGAAGCUGCACUUUGUGUGGGACAGGGUCCGAGUUCUCAAAGAACACAAGGGUCUGGUUCUGCUGAUCGAGGAGGACCACUACAUGUCCCCGGACUUCAUCCACCUCCUGAAGCUGAUGACGGCUCUGAAGAGGGAGCAGUGCACCGACUGCGACAUCCUCUCGCUGGGGAGCUACAGCCACAUCGGCUACUCCAGCAAAGCCAACAAGGUGGAGGUGAAAGCCUGGAAGUCCACCGAGCACAACAUGGGGAUGGCCCUGAGCCGGGAGACGUACCAGAAACUCAUCCAAUGCACUGACACGUUCUGCACUUACGACGACUACAACUGGGACUGGUCCUUGCAGCACCUGACCGUGUCCUGCCUGCCCUCCUACUGGAAGGUCAUGGUGAGCGAGGCGCCGCGGGUUUUCCACGCUGGAGACUGCGGCAUGCACCACAAGAAGGCUUCCUGCAUGCCCAUCAGCCAGAAAACCAAGAUCGAAAACAUCCUACAGAGCAGCGGGAACCAGCUGUUCCCCAAAAACCUCCUGAUAGCAAAGAGACUGCCAGCCAACGGGGCCGGAGGCGUCGCCCCGCACGUCAAAAACGGAGGCUGGGGCGAUAUCAGGGACCACGAACUCUGCAAGAGUUAUGUUCGAUUACAGUGACCUUAAUUGCUACUAUUAUAUAUUAUUGUCUCUUUUGCAUCCUAUAUAAAGAAAAAGUAAAUCUUUAUGGACUAUUCUUCAUAUUGCCUGUUUUAUUGGAUUGUUCCAAAUAAAGACGAAUGUUGGAUUUUUGGCUUCUUUAACACAAGUAUGUCUUUACAUUGAAUUAUUUAUCCUGACAAGUUUGCAUUGUUUUGUAUGGACUAAAUGAUAAUAAUAUAUUGUUGUGUUUUCUAUAACAAAGGCUUUCGGAUUAAAACAUGUCUCAGAGUUAUUAAAAAUUAAGAACAUCUCUGCAGAAAUAAACUGGGAGGCGCUCGUCGGGGCGGCCGCACGUCUGGA